AGUCACUUCACUUUCGUGUACCUUUGGUAUCUUUCCCGCGACGACGGAGCUUGUCCGCUAUGUCCGAUGUAAUAGCGGAGCUCGCGGCAGAUACUAGUGUUGAAGGAGAUGCAAAGCCUGCUUCACCGGUUCAAUCGACGAAACAGUUCUCUGUGUAUGAAGCGACUUCGCAAGAGCUUAUAGAACGAUCAAUGGCUCCUAUUAAGAAGGAGUUCCUAUGUCCUCCUCCUCCAAGCCGUUCCGUGAAGCAAAAUGACGCCGCCGAUGUUAGGGCGCCUCAAUCGGGCUUGGUUCAGGAGAAGAAAUCUAAACGACAACUCAAACGUGAACGCCGCGAGCAAUCUACCAUCAAUCUCUGUCCGCAGGUUGCGAGAACAGAAGACGUUAAUUCAUGUCAGUAUAAAGACAAGUGCCGGUUUAAUCAUGAUAUUGAGGCUUUCAAGGCUCAGAAACCAGAUGAUAUAGAGGGGCAAUGCCCAUUUGUGGCCUCUGAAAUGAAGUGUGCAUAUGGUUUAUCAUGUAGAUUCUUAGGCACUCACAGAGAUAUUGCUGGUAAUUCUGAUGAGAAGGGAAAAUCAGAAAUGAACUAUUUUAACAAAGAGACCCAGAGGCUUCUGUGGAAAAAUAAGAUGACUUUUAUCAACGCAGAUGCAAAACUCAAGUCCCUCGGUCUGUUGGGGCAUGCCAAAAAAAGCAAUGCUGCCGAAGAAAAUAGCACAGAAAAAACUCAAAAUGGUGUGAACGGCACUCAACCAACUGAAGUCACGGUUGACUCAGCUGUCAGUUCUGAGCCUACAUCAGAAAUGAUACAAGAUGUUGAUAUUCCUGGACCAUUAGAAAUUGAGGAAGUUCGUCCCAUGAAAAAGGCAAAACCUGAGGACGAAGAGAAUUCUAAACCUGGAGAUGUUGGUGGAGUUAAUGAUGGCGUGAAAGUUGAAGAGGAAGCGAAAAAGAACGGAUUUUCUACUUCAAAAGCUGACGUAGAAGAUGAGGAUAGCAUCAAAAUUGUUGAAACUGAUAGUAGUCUAAAGUUGCACCCUCGUGAAAAGAAAAAGCUAAUUGAUUUUAGGGAUAAGUUGUACCUUGCACCCCUAACAACUGUGGGCAAUCUUCCCUUCCGAAGACUUUGUAAAGUGUUGGGAGCAGAUGUGACUUGUGGUGAGAUGGCUAUGUGCACAAAUCUUUUGCAGGGCCAAGCUUCCGAAUGGGCUCUGCUUAGACGGCAUUCUUCGGAAGAUCUGUUUGGUGUUCAGAUUUGCGGUUCUUAUCCUGACACUGUGUCGCGCACAGUUGAACUUAUAGACCGAGAAUGCACCGUUGAUUUCAUAGACAUCAACAUGGGUUGCCCGAUAGAUAUGGUUGUCAACAAAAGUGCUGGUUCAGCUCUUCUCAACAAACCAUUACGAAUGAAGAACAUCGUGGAAGUCUCUUCUUCCAUUGUUGAAACACCUAUUACUAUCAAGGUACGAACAGCAUUCUUUGAGGGUAAGAACCGGAUAGAUUCAUUAAUUGCAGAUAUCGGAAAUUGGGGAGCCACUGCAGUGACUAUUCAUGGGAGAUCAAGACAGCAACGUUAUAGCAAGUCUGCGGAUUGGGACUAUAUAUACCAGUGUACCAAAAACGCUUCUACUAACCUACAAGUUAUAGGAAAUGGAGAUGUUUACUCUUAUUUAGACUGGAACAAACAUAAGUCUGACUGUCCUGAGUUGUCUAGCUGCAUGAUUGCUCGUGGAGCACUGAUCAAGCCUUGGAUAUUUACUGAAAUUAAAGAGCAACGGCAUUGGGACAUUACCUCCGGAGAAAGACUCAACAUCAUGAAGGACUUCGUACGUUUUGGUCUUCAACAUUGGGGAUCCGACACGAAAGGAGUUGAGACAACUAGGCAUUUCUUGCUGGAGUGGCUAAGCUACACGUUUAGGUACAUACCUGUUGGUUUGCUUGAUGUGAUCCCGCAGCAAAUCAACUGGCGUCCACCUUCAUACUUUGGUCGUGAUGAUCUCGAGACACUCAUGAUGUCUGAAUCUGCGGGUGACUGGGUGCGUAUAUCGGAAAUGUUGCUUGGAAAGGUUCCGGAGGGCUUCACGUUUGCCCCCAAGCACAAAUCCAACGCAUAUGACCGAGCUGAAAACGGCUGAUUCAACCACAUCUUCUGUAAUAUCAAAUCUCGUUCAAAAUAUGUCUGAAACAUCAUUCUGUA